GGAUUUUCCCAAUGAAUAAAAUCUAUCAUGGUUUCGUUUAUGCCAUACUGCGAUUAUUUCUUUUAUGUCGAGCUAACGGCUUUGAUUCAAAUCAGUUAGAACAGAAAACAGCUGUAUCAACACAAUGGCAGAUAUACCAUGGACACUGAUCUACAUUACUGCGGCAGUUGUAGUGUCGCUAAUCUUCAUCAUCGGUUGUGUGUGUUGUGCGCGGCGUAGAAAACGGAACACCAAAGCACGAAGUGUCAAGACAAAUAGAGGAAACAUAAAGUACCAAAAAGUUCCGACUUCAAAUACCCUUGACCUUCACGGGGAAUCUGUUAAGAGUGCGCGGUCUCGUGUUGAAAAGUUCCUGAACGAAAAGAAACAAGAACAACGCAGCAGUUCAACUGGCAGGACAAAAAAGACAUCGUCAAUCAUCACAGGGAAAGGGAAUCACAGCCGUGACGGGCGUCCUGUUCUGAAGCCGGUCGUCGAGAAACAACUGAGAAAAAAACGGCUACAAGUUAGUGAUGACGUUACAUUUUACAAAUCUUCCUUUUUAUCCAAAAAAGCGGGACCCGAGGCUCUGCAGUUCGUUUUGCAUUGGGUGCCCUUCGGCCGUGCCAUAAUCUAA